UACCUUAAUUCCCUUGAAGCGGAGGGGAAAAGUAAAGAAAGCGGAGAAAAGGGUCGAAAAUGGCAACGGAUGCCUUUGAGGAGAUCGACUGCACAUGCUCUUACGGGAUGAAACUCAACUGGGACAUCAAUGAUCCCAAAAUGCCUCAAGAACCCAAACACUUUGAUCACUUUAGGGAAUGGCCAGAUGGUUAUGUGCGCUUCAUCUACCAAGGAGAUGAGAAGAAUGCUCAGAGACAUCUCAGUGGCUGGGCCAUGCGGAACACCAACAACCACAAUUGCCAGAUCCUCAAGAAGUCUUGCCUUGGAGUGGUGGUGUGUGCUGGGAGCUGUUACCUACCAGAUGGCUCAAGGCUGCAACUUCGCCCUGCCAUUUGUGAUAAAGCCAGGCAGAAGCAGCAAAAAAAAGCAUGUCCCAAUUGUAAUUCAGCUUUAGAGUUGAUACCUUGUCGAGGUCAUAGUGGCUAUCCAGUAACCAACUUCUGGAGGCUUGAUGGCAAGGCAAUAUUUUUCCAGGCCAAGGGAGUUCAUGAUCAUCCAAGACCAGAAAGCAAAUCUGAGACAGAAGCAAGAAGAAGUGCCAUUAAGAGACAAAUGUCAUCUUACCAGGCUCAAAAAAAGAGGAACACUGAGUCACAGAUUGAACAGUAUCAAGAUAGCAGUGGCCACUUCCUAAAUACAUUGUCCAGCUCAGAAAACCUAGAAAGCUUUGGUAUAUUUACAGAUACCAGCUUCCCUAUUCCAGCUCAGCCUUAUUCUUCCUUUCAAAAAUCUGAUCCUUACAAAGCUACCUUUGACCAAACCUGCUUUCAAGAUGACAUAAUUCCUCCCUUUCAAAAAUGUCCAAAUCCUAGAAUCUAUAUGCCUAGGCCAACUUGUGGCUAUGAAUUUGCAGUCCCCAAUUACAUAAACUCUAGCCCAUAUCCCAACCUCUACAAAGAUCCCAGUAAAAAACAUAGUGACACGGAUUGGACUUAUCUCAAUGGAUUGCAGUAUAAUGUCAAUUCCUUUAGUGUCCAUGACCGGAACUUGGAUGUCUCCAGUAAACAUCACAGAAGGAAAGCAAUUCUUGGGAAAACUGACUGUGGGGAGAGGAAUAAUCAUGGACAGUUCCAGGCUUCUACCACUCACCCUUAUUAUAAUUCGGAAUAUUCCUGUGCUUACCUACAGAGUCCCUCACCAGCAGCUCCUGCUCUACAGACAGUGAUCACCACCACCACUAAAGUAUCCUAUCAGGCCUAUAAAUCACCUAUUGCAAAAUAUAACAACAAUGUAUGUGAUGUGAAAAACCUUCAGAGCUGUAACCAUAUGUCAGAUCGAACCCCGAGGACCAUCUAUCCAGAGACCAAGAUUCAAGAUGACUGUCAAGAGGGCAAAUCCACUUUGACAUAUAUUGAGGAACCAAUUCCAACCAAGGGAGAAAGAGCAGAAGAAGCUUGGGAUGUGUAUCGAUGUGGGCUAGCCCCAGGAAACAAUUAUUCAGAUCAAGUAGGUCAACUAUUUAGAUAUGAGAAUGAGGACUUCUGAUGGAUAAUCAGAAGUUCAGCAAAACUGAUUUGUUCUGAGAGCAUAACCACACAUUUUGAAAAUGAUGAUUGCAAUAUUUUUGGGAUCCAUGAUUCCACUGGUGCAGACAUUCCCUCCUGCUUUGACAUAAAUUAUAACCCAUGCCUUAAUAGAUUGUUUCAGAAAUUGCUGAGACAAAAUUUUCCAUGAUUUUGUAGCCAGUCAUCUGAUCUGAUGGCAAAUCUUUUUGGAUUUAAAAAGACUUGCCCCUGGAAGAUAGUCAUUCAGUCCAGAUCCAUCCUCAAAGUCAAGGGAUAUUGGAAAGAGUGUUGGACUUGACUUAGCAGAGAAUUGGGUUAAAAUCCUAACUCAGUCACAUUUUAGCCAAUAUAGAUAAUCAAACCAAAAUGACAAAGAUGAUAAACAAUAAGGGUAUAAAUCAAAGAUAAUUAAUGGAGGACCUUAGAGCAGAACCCAAACCUUUGGACUCUAUCUUAUGCUUCUUCUAGAAGAUAGCAUUGGGUCAAUUGCAUAUAAUCUCAUUUUUCAUUUCUACAGAUGAUAUGUGACUUUAAGAAGAUUAUUUGUAUAUAUGUGAUAUCUACAUAUACAGAACAUUUACUGAG